CCUUGGAUCGUAAUCCCCACGACGGCGCGAGAUUUGCUCUUGCCCCUCCAUCGCUGAUGGGGCGGCGACGCGUGCUGGGUUCUCUUCCGGCUGUAACGUCACGAACCAAGCGUGCUCGUAAUCUUUCGCCGGGAUCAGUCGUCAGUACAGCGGACGAGUUGGGGUAUUAUGGAAUGGUGAUGGUGCUGUUUGAGACGCCUUCAGGCUUUGCAAUCCUAACUAUGGAUGGGGUGUGCAUGUACCGUCCAGAUGCCAUGGAGAAUAUCUGAGCAAAUUUCGCAGAUGGUUAUAGAUCACGACAUGUUGUUUGGCUCAAGGAAUUUAAAACUUUUGAGGACAAGUCCAGCGCCAUUAGGCUUGAUACUGGUGUUGACGAAAAGCUGUCUAAGAUGAUCAUGAAGUGGCGCCGUCCUGGGUAGACGUUGGUUGUUGGGAAACCUGAAUAUAAAACAAUCAUAGAAAUGAGCAUGGGUUUACGCUGCCUGUGUGAUGAAACUGUGAUGGAGGUGAUGUGGGGCCUCAAGAAUAUCAUGCCUACUUUAGUACCUGAAGAAAAAUCAAGGCUGACUAGGGAGGACCACCUUCCCAGGAGUCAAGGACUAAAAAAGUUCCUGAAUCGUUAUGGCUUUUAUGUCAAACCAGAGAUGGUUAAUAAGCGGAUUAUUCUGGCAGCCAGUACCUUGCUUGAUUGUGAACUUAUUGAGCAGAAACAUUUUGCAACCUUGAAAGAGGUUGGCGAGCGCAUUAAGGACGUGUCUGGCAUCAACACAGAGGGUUGGAGCUUACUGAAACUUGCAACAGCUCCGAUGAUUAUAUUUUAUCCUGAAGAAAAUAUUGUAGCAGGAAACCCUAAAAUGAUGUUUACAGAUGCUGAGUGAUUGAAGUUGAAGGAAGAUGUACAGGAUUACAAUGGCAAAUUCUUAAAGUGGGCAUGCCUGAGGAUUUACAAAGAAAUGGCGGUUGCCCAUAAAGCUAGACCGGUGGAUUAUAUAUUAUUGACCUCCUUGGUUAAGGAGGCUAAAGAAGCAUAUGAAGCUGUAGGAAGUGCCCAAGAAGCUCAGCGGACUAAUAGCUGAAACUGUUGCAUCUGGGGAUUGUAAAAUGUUGACACUUGGAUCGUAAGGCAAUGAAAGAAUCACGGAACCAGAAUGGGCUUGAAGAGAUGACAUGCAUCAAAGGUAUUUGUGAGGAUAUUUAUUUAAUUAGGCCCGGAAUUGUUGAAAGACAACGGUUGUUAUAAUCAAUUGAGCUCGAAUAUCACUGGUAUCAGUGCGUAGCUGCAAAGCAUGGUGGACUCGUGGUACAUGUCGAUGCUAAAAAAAAAUGCGUCCUGGUACAUGUCUUAUACACCCGGAUUGGCUGAAUUUUUUCUUAAUUUCAAAGCCCAUUACAGUGUGCUCACUACAGCA